UUAAUCUAGGUUUACAUGAAAGUCUGCAGCCGUUAUACUAUUUUAAAACUUGUUUUUUUUCCCCCUCGGAGGGGCAGCUUGAGUAGAGGAGGGCAGAUGGGCAGUUGCCCGGCCAACCUUUCUUGAUAUUCUUUAUUUUCAUUUGAUAGGUUGUUUCCUCAUUGAGCAUUGGCCUUUUCCACUGUGCCAUUGGAGAGGGGUGCCACCACUAUAGAUACCUUUAUCAGCCUUGAACCUAUGAGAACAGCUAAGGUUAUCAUCUCACAUAAUCUGUUAUUUGUGUCACAUUCUGAAGUUUUUAGCAGACACUUUUGCCCAGACUAACUACAAAACUGUGAAAACAAUGCAACAACAAGGUGUAUUACAAUAUUAAAUAUAAUAUUGAAGUAAAACCAUCAAGUAUGACCACAACAAAACAACAAUAAUAUUAAUAACGAUGCUAAUGCUACAUGCCAAAACUAUGAUUGGAUUUUAAAAGAUAUCUCUCUGCGAAAAAGGUAAAUAAAUAUACUAUUACAGGAUAUACGGGAGCACUAAUACGUACAGCGUCGCUCUGUCUUCGCUCUUUCUCACAUGCAAUAAGCGACCAACCGACCAACUGCUAUGUAGAGCAAGGGGUAUGGGCGGAGCAGUGUUGCGCAAUCCACUGUUCAAACCGAAGUCCUUCAAUAAAAUGCUUAAAACCUGUAGUGCAUUUCAGUCAGACGAUCGCUUGUUGCUACGAUGGAACGUCUCUUACAGCUACUUUUCGCAGCAAGUGUUAUAUAUUUGAGUUCAUCCACCGCGCUUGAUGGACCACUGAUCCACACCAAGCUGGGAGCCCUUAGAGGCCAAUACACACGCGUGAGAGGAAAGACAACAGCAAUCCACUCAUACCUGGGCCUGCCCUUCGCUAAACCACCUGUGGGACCCCUCAGGUUGGCCCGUCCCCAACCUGUGCAGGGAUGGGAGGGGAUCAGGGAUGCCACCAAGCAGCCAUAUAUGUGUCUACAGGAUCGACAUGCAUCUGUAGGACUUGCGAAAACGCUUAGCAUGGUUGUUGAGAUUCCUGAGGUGUCCGAGGAUUGUCUCUAUCUGAAUAUUUAUACUCCUGCCAAACCUGCUGAAGAUGCUAAAUUACCUGUCAUGGUGUGGAUCCAUGGUGGAGCAUUAGUCUUUGGCUCCGCCUCCUUUUAUGAUGGAUCUGUCCUGGCAGCCUAUCAGAAUGUGGUUGUGGUGCAGAUUCAGUACAGACUUGGAAUGCUGGGCUUUUUCAGCACAGGAGAUGAUAACGCCCCAGGAAACAUGGGUUUCCUGGACCAGGUGGCUGCACUGCAGUGGGUCCAGGAGAACAUCCAGAGCUUUGGAGGGGAUCCCUCCUCUGUCACCAUAUUCGGAGAGUCAGCAGGUGGAGUGAGCGUGUCUCUGCAUGUUCUUUCACCACUGAGCACUGGACUUUUCCACCGCGCCAUUGCAGAAAGUGGGGCUGCAUUCAUGGAAGUCCUCACCAACCUUCAGCCUUUGGACACAGCUAUGAUUGUGGCAAAUGUAUCGAACUGUGUUGGCACCAAGCCACACCAGAUUGUUGACUGUGAUGCAGAUGUCGACUGAGGAUAUUUUAAAGAUCAUCAAGAGUACGAGCUGGAUCUAUGGGCUUACAAAGGAUGAAUAUUUCAUUCCAAAAAGUUUAGAGGACACUUAUAAGUCUUUGGAGUUCAACAAAGUACCGUUAAUUAAUGGUGUCACCAGUGAUGAAUGCGGGUCGUU